AUGUCGGUCAGGAGAAGUGAUGUGCACAAAACGCCAGCGGAAUCCGAGGAAUGGAAAAUUGCACCCAUUGACAUGGAAGAAGCUGGACCGUCAUCGGAAAUCCCUGCGGGUUUGGAUGAAGCAAAGGAAGUGCAUCGGCCUAUUGAUAAGAACCAAUGUAUACGCAAGCAUUUUCUUAACAAAUUACAGCGAAUCGAAGAAGCAUUGAGUGGUACAUCGUUGGGUGACACGACGUUUCUGAAGGGAUGUGCAAAUCGGCUUACCUCACUGGCGUCGGAGUAUGAAAAAUGGCAUCAAACCGUCUUGGAAACGGCCGAUAUGGAGAAUUUUGAGGACGGUGAGGAGGAAUAUGCACGAUUCGAAAAACGUCACUUCAACUUAUUGCUACGGAUUGAACGUGAACAGUGCCGCAUUAGAGUUGGAAUCAUUUCGCUUAUUUCAAUUAACAAAAAGCUUGAUGCUGAAUUGUUUGGAGAGAGUAGUGAAGCUGGACCAAGUAAUAUUCAGACAGCUACGUCAAAUGUAGAGUUCAGUGAACACCCGAAUUGUGAGAACCAUCCUUGUCCAUUUGAUGAAUACAUCUUGCAAGAAGAAUACGUCAGUGAUUGGGUUACUAUCGAUGCAUUCGACGAUACGGAAGUAUAUGAAGAGGUCAACGAAGAUUACGAUGAAGCCGAGGAAACUAUGCACAGCACACAAGAGUCUCAACACGAGGAGGAACCAUUUGAUGAGCUUAUUCGAAAUUGGGCAUUAAAAACAUACCAAACACAUCAAGCUCUAAAUGGACUAUUAGAAAUUUUACGUAAAAAAAAUAACUACCAGCUGCCGAAAGAUGCGCGCACGUUGCUUAAGACAAGGCAAUGUGGAAAAGAAACGUACCCUAUAGCAGGGGGAGAAUUUUGGUUCCCUGGGGUACGAUCGGUUCUCAAGGAUCACUUUCGCGAUGUGCCACCAAGAGUCAGCAAAUUUUCGUUGAACUUUUCGAUUGAUGGACUUCCACUGCACAAGAGCACUCGAAAACAGUUUUGGCCCAUAUUAAUGAGCAUUCAAGAAAUGCCGGAAGUUCCAGUAUUGAUGGUUGGCAACUUUUUUGGUGAAUCGAAACCAUAGAGUGUUGAGGAAUAUCUGCGUUCGCUUGUCGACGAGCUAAAUGGGUUGAUGGAUAAUGGCAUUGUAAUAGCCAAUAAGCCAAUCGAAAUACACGUAAGAGCUUUCAUCGCGGACUCACCAGC